GAGGCAGCAGCAGCACCAGCAGCAGGAGCGGGCGCCCCGCGGGCCUCCCUCUCCGCCUAGCCCCGCGUGUCCCGGGCGCCUGGCGCGCAGCGAGCCGCGCUCCCUCCUUCCCUCCCUCCCUCCCUGCUUCCCUCCGCCCGCCCCGCUGGCAGCCGCCCCGCCGGGUGGGAGCACCCCGCCGGCGCUGCCUGUCUGGCUGCUCCCUCCCCUCCCGGGCCGGGAAGAUGGACCCCGGCCCGCCGCUGGGCUGCAACCUCAAGGACGUGAAGUGGAGCGCGGUGGCCGUGCCCCUGGACCUGCUCGUCAGCACCUACCGGCUGCCGCAGAUCGCCCGGCUGGACAGCGGAGAAACUGUGGAAGGUCUUCGGGAGAGCGAUUAUCUUCUGAUUCAUUCGUGUCGGCAGUGGACAACAAUUACAGCUCACAGUCUGGAGGAGGGUCACUACGUCAUAGGGCCAAAGAUAGAAAUUCCUGUACAUUAUGCAGGGCAGUUUAAGCUGCUGGAACAAGACCGAGAUAUUAAGGAGCCAGUGCAGUAUUUUAACAGUGUGGAGGAGGUGGCUAAAGCAUUUCCUGAACGAGUUUACGUCAUGGAGGAAAUAACAUUCAACGUUAAGGUAGCUUCGGGUGAAUGCAAUGAGGACACUGAAGUUUACAACAUUACCCUUAGUACUGGGGAUGAGCUCACUUUAAUGGGGCAAGCAGAAAUCCUUUAUGCAAAAUCUUCUAAGGAGAAAUCACGGCUCAACACCAUCUUCAAAAAAAUCGGGAAGCUUAAUUCAAUUAGUAAGCUAGGCAGAGGCAAAAUGCCCUGCCUCAUCUGCAUGAACCACAGGACCAACGAGAGCAUCAGUCUCCCUUUUCAGUGUAAGGGCAAGUUCAGCACCCGCAGCCCUCUGGAGGUGCAGAUGCAAGAAGGUGAGCACACGAUUCGCAAUAUAGUAGAGAAAACCAGGCUGCCUGUUAACGUGACUGUGCCAAGUCCUACACCAAGAAACCCUUAUGACCUGCAUUUCAUCCGUGAGGGGCACAGGUACAAGUUUGUCAACAUUCAGACCAAGACUGUGGUAGUUUGUUGCGUGCUUCGUGGAAACAAAAUCAUUCCCAUGCAUUUUCCCUUGCACUUGACACUUCCAAAAUUUAUUCUACCUGAUAGUGUGGUGAAGGGGGAGCUGUGGCACGAACCCCUCAUCCAGCACUGGUUUAAUAUAUGCCAGGAACAGUUUGACAUAGACGAGUACUCCCGUGCCGUGCGAGAUGUGAAGACUGACUGGAACGAUGACUGCAAGAGCCCCAAGAAGAGCCGGUGCACGGGGCACAGCCACGUGCCAAACUCCCUCAGCUACGCGCGGGACGAGCUCACACAGUCCUUCCACCGGCUCUCCGUGUGCGUCUACGGCAACAACUUGCAUGGGAAUAGCGAGGUGAACCUCCACGGCUGCAGGGACUUGUGCAACGAGUGGGCCCUGUUCUCUCACGAUGCUCUUCAGUACCAGGAGUCCGGGGACAGCAGCAGCGAUUACCUUUUCCCUGAAGUUAGCGAAGAAUCGAUGUUUCUGCCUACAAAACCAGAACUUCCUUACGAGGAGCUCUGGUUGGACCAAGGCUCUGGAAAGGGUGGUGAUCAGCCUCUCUCUUGCUCACUGAGUGAGAAGAGCAAGUGUGACAGCUACAGAGGAUCUUUCCGAUCAAAGUGUGGUACCGCGUCUCUUCCUGUGCCUGCAACUAUCGGAACAACCACAAAGUCUUCAGAUGUUUCCCUACCUCCACCUCCAGUGCCUCCCAAAUCAGAAGCAGUAAAAGAGGAAUGCAGGCUCCUCAACGCUCCACCGGUCCCACCUCGGAGUUCAAAGCCGUCCUCCACCAGUCCUUCCAUCCCUCCUCGCACAGUGAAACCUGCUCGACAGCAGACCCGCUCUCCCAGCCCCACUCUGUCCUACUACUCCUCAGGACUGCACAACAUUAAUGUCACAGAGAGCGACACCACCAACCCAACUGAGAGCACACCUGUUUCCUGCUACCCAUGUAACAUGAUGAAAACUGAAUCCAAAGAGCCUGAGAGCACAAUGCCUUUGGGAAGCCCCUCAGCUGAAGCUCUGCCUUCGAGGUUAUCUUGGCCAAACCAUUUUUCAGGAACUGCUGAAGGCCUGAAUAGGAGUGAUUUCCUGCUUGACCCAAGCAGGAGCUAUAGUUACCCCAGACAGAAGACUCCAGGUACGCCAAAGAGAAACUGUCCAGCGCCUUUGACUUUUGAUUUUGAUGGGUGUGAGCUCCCAACAGGGUACUCCCCCCUGACUCCAGCAGAGUUCACAAACACCAUCUCCAGCUGUCCAAAGUCAGCAAGUUACUCUCUAGACUGCACUGAUGAGAAAACUCUGGGAGUCAGCAACACAAAGCAGAGCCAUUCGUGUCCUGCCUUACCUCCUCGGGCGCCGAAGUCAAGUGAAGAUAAGACAGUGACAGACAUGUGUCCCUUGCCACUGAAAAUAGAUGGUGCCGAAGAGGAAUCAAAAGCUGGCUCUCCAGUCGUCUUGGAGGAUCAGUAUCUCACUAAAAAGGGCAUGCAGGAUACAUUCUCUGUGUCUUACCCCUUCUCAUCUCCCCUUCACCUCCAGUUAGCACCAAGGUCUUGUGGGGAUGGCUCUCCCUGGCAGCCACCCACAGACCUUUCUGGACUCUCAAUAGAGGAAGUGUCUAAAUCGCUGAGGUUUAUUGGUCUGUCAGAAGAUGUCAUAUCAUUUUUUGUCACAGAGAAGAUUGAUGGCAAUUUACUGGUUCAACUCACAGAAGAAAUCCUAUCAGAAGAUUUCAAGCUAAGCAAAUUGCAGGUUAAAAAAAUAUUACAGUUCAUUAAUGGCUGGCGGCCCAAGAUGUGAUGCUGGCUAGUUUUUAGUGACACUGUACUCAAUAUAUUUGAGCUAAUACAUCACUUCCUGGUUUUUUGCACUAAAAAUUCUUCUUGUAAAUAGUAGUAGAAAAAUUCUUACUAUGCAGAUAAACAUUUUUCAGUGGUGAAUGGACUUUUUUUUUCUAUGUCAAUAAUAAAAGUAGAGAAUCUGCAGAGGUGUGCCUUUGUGCAUCCCUGAACAUUCAACAGCUGCUAAAAACUGGACACUAAGGGAACUUUGACUUCAGUCUGUUAAGACUUAGUCGUAUUUAUUACUGAACAAUUUGAUGCUGAAAGACACACAUCAAUCCAGUUUACAAUUUUGUGUUAACUGCAAAAAAAGUUAUUUCUUAUGGGAUUAUUUCUGUUCACAUAAUAUUUGGCAACAUGCUGUGACGUGCAGAUAUACAAAAGCAUUGGUUUUGACACUACAUCUGAAAGUGUUAAGAAUUGCUGUGAAGUGCCACUAAUACACUAUUCUUGCAGCAUUAUUUUUAUUAACAGUAUCUUCCUGACUGUCUGUAACAUGGAUGCAUUUUCCAUGUUGCUUUGAGCAAAAAGAGUUAAAUGUUUUUAAACCAAGAGUCAUGCUUAGCUCGUUGCCCAGAGGGGAGGGAGAAGGGGGAUUUUCUACUGAGCCACUCUGCCCUGGCCAAUUAAAAGUUUAUGACCUGUAGAUUUCAAAAGUUGCUUUUGUAGUCGGAUGACUGGAGUAAAUAGCAUGACUUCUGGUCGUGCAGCUUUCUCAUGGGAAAAGCAGUUCAGUGCACAGGCUCUUUUCUCAGCAGAUCCUGCCUGCUGCAGCAGCCUGCUAGCACAGCCCUUGCAGGAGCCAUGCUGUGGUGGAAGGUAACAACUCCUUGUGUUUCUUCUGCUGCUGUUCUGAUUGUCUGAAAAUGUGCUUGGUCUGCUCUCCUAAUCCUGCAGUCUGACCUGUGUGGGAAGGUGAUAGUGCUCCUGUGUCAUGCCUUUGAAAUAAAGUGCUGGCAUGGUGGGAGGGAUCGGAAACAGAGCAUGGCAUGCUGCUGAGAAUGGGCUGAGGGAGGUUUUGGGCCAUGCCACAGGAAAUGCUUGUGAUCUUUUCAGUUCACCUGUCUUGUUUGCAGUGGGCUAGGAGGAUGUGGGUGUCAAAGUGGAAGGGGCUGCAGCAUCAAAGGAUGUGCUAAUUCAGUUGCCCAGCUGCAAAAACUCACUGCAGUAGAUGUCACAUGGAAGUAGCAGUUAAAAGGGAGCACAGUGAUGGUAAGUGGGCAGUAGUCAGCCCCUGGAGACCUCUCAGAUUUAACUGCUGAAAAGGCUAGGAAUAGGAUUAACUUUUGACAGUACUUUGUGGAUUUCUUGUAGUUGUCAGAGCUUUCUGAAAUGUGUCUAAAUAACCCCAGGAUCCCCCUGCCUUUAUAUACUGGAUUCAAGGAUUUAUGGAGAUCCUCAGGCAACAGUCUGUGUUGUCCCUUCCUCCUCAGCAAGUGUGCAUGCCCAGGAUCCUCAGGUGAUCAGAGCUAGGAAUGCUAGCACAACUUCACCUUCACUUACUGCUGAACAGAGCCCUGGCCAGGAGAGCACCAUCACCUGCCUUGCUUACCUUUUGGAUUAAAAAAUAUCUCUAUUGCAGGGCACGUAGUUGGAAGCAUCAAGAGAAAAUACAGAGCAGAGACAAAAAUGCUAGAUUUGCCUGUUUUCUCAACCAUAUUGACUCAUUACACAUUUCAUGUCAUGUCACCAUGCCAAAGCCAAGAUGCAUUAUUUGUCCUGCAGUAAUGCAAACCACCAGUUGCCAACCAGAAAGCAAAGCCCAGUUGUUGUGGGUACUAUAGAGCCAACAAAUGUCCCAACAGAAAAACCCUCAAGAGUUCAUAAUACUGUUUAUCAUAAUGUAUUGACUUUUAGCAAUGGAUCAAUAGCUUUCUCCAAAUGCUUUCUAAUUAGCAUUCUAAAAUAUUUUAGCUUCAAAUAAGACUAGAUCUAAUUCAGAUACUGUUCAGAUGUGUAUGCUUGUUGGUAGACCACAUGCAAGUUGAAACCAACAGCCUUUUAAACCUUGCUAUGUCAGAUGAGGAUUCAAAUAUGAAAGGGCCAAAUCUUUAAUGCCAGACACUUGCUAUUGUUUUGCUUAGCUUGUUAAUUCUAGGUUAAAAGCCCAAAAAUAUCUAAAAUUUUUAAAAAAAGAAAAUAUUGCAUUCCUGAUAAUAUUAACAGUAAAUAUUGCUGGAACCCCCCAGAAUAUUAAUAUCCCUGUGGAAGUAGUUUUAUUUGACUGUGGAUUCACACCUAUUCUAUUAUCUCUGCUUACCUGCUUGAAGUGGUUAUUCUUGCAAAGAGACUGGUGGAAUUUACAUUCACAUCAUCGUGCUGCAUUAACAUCCCAUGUGGAUAAACCAAAUAGAGCUGGCCCACAGAAAGGCCUAGAAAUGUGCAUUGAUUGCAUUAGCUGAGCCUGUGUGCCAAAGUACAGCUAAAACCCCUAACUGCAAACUUCCUAUUGCUGGCCUUCCAGUUGUCUCAUUCCAACUUGGCACUGCUUACUUACUUUUAUGCAUUAUGUAUUAACAUUUAACUUUUCCUUUUGCCCUUAGCCACUCAUCACCUUCACUUUCCAAGCCAUUUUUGGGGAUUUCGGUGUUCCUAACAUUUGUAUUCUGUGAGUUAUAUGGCUCUGGUGUCAAUCUACCUGCUGUGGUCCUCGAGCUGAAGUGUCUGCUCUGGUGAGAUCAGUGGAGUGAUGAGCAAACUGGGCAGGUGGAGUGCUGUGGCUCAGCCUUUGGAUCCUAGGUUAUGGAAAGGGCUACCUUUCUAAAGGUAGCUACGGCUGUGGAAACUCCCAAGCACAGCACGGAGGUCAGCAGUCAGGAAAACCAAUCUGGUUUUGGACAGUAGUGGAGUCCAGCCACAUUGAUGGGAGUUGUGUUGGUUGUCUUUGGGGCCUGAGAGCUGUAACCAUUGAGCAUUAUGGCAGAGCGGGCCUAAAAUCACAUUUUCAAGGCAGUCCACUAAAAUAGGCCAGUCCUAACCUUGGAUUUCUUUCCUCAGAUUAAUUGGUUAUCGAUGUCUGAGCUGUGUGUUAUCCUUGGGGUUUUUGUUUGUGUGGAGGUUUUGGUAGCAAAAAACACGUCAUGUCAUUGUGCAUGGAGCUGUCUCUCUGUCCUGCACCAGGAAACAUAUCCUUUCUAUGCAACUGUCAUGUGUUGGCACAAGGACUGAUGCUGCCUUCAGCAGUGGAAGCUGGAUUCUGGUAUGGAGGCUUUUCUGGAGGUGGACACCAAAUUGGGCAGGGGAGGGAUGGAGAGGAAACUUGAGGGACAAUGGUAGUUUCUUUCAAAUGCUCAUUGUGCCUAGGAUUAAGAUUCUUUGUUUUGCUGCCUGCCUGGCUAACCAAAGCUGUGUUGACAGCAACUCAAAGUGCGUAUUUGCGUUCUUAUUCUUACCAUUUUGUAAAAAUUGCCUACGGCUAGAAGCUUAGACAGAAAACAUUUGGUCCAUCCAAAAUUAGAAGGGAAAUGCAUUUUGAAGUGUUCUUUUCAGCUAGAAGCAAGGGUUAGAAUUUGCUGUCUAUUGCUGUGUAUUUUCUAAUACAACAGGUUUACUUGCCACUUAAAUAAACUUUUUUCCACAUCAACAGCUUCAAGAGAAACAGUGUAAACUGCCUGAAAACACGCUGUUUCAAACCUGUCUAUAAAUAAUUGUUUUCUCUUAUGUUUUCAUCUUGAAUCAACUUCUUGAUUGUCCCCCUCAACAAAACAAAUUGUGCUGGCACCAGCUUCUUGUGUGCUUCCCAGUGGGCUGCCUGCCUGUGGCACGGGCCAGCCAAGUCCUGCCUGCAGGCCAGGCAGGAGGUUACAGCACAGUACUGAACAGCCAAACACCAGCCCUGGGAGAGGACCACAGCUUAGCCCAGCUCUCCUGGCUCCUCUUUCUGAUGCUGUGAAAUUGCAGCUUUCCUGUACACAAGCCUGAAGGUACAGAUGAAAUCCUAAUAUGCAAGAGGGAUCUUCCUUUUUAUUUAUAGGCAUGGCAGGGCAGUGGGGAAAUGCCAGCCCCUUGUUUAGACCUAGCAAUAAAUGACUCUUCGUUUUGUUUUGUCUUAAACUCCUACUAGUCCAGGAGUUGUUCAGACUUCACAAUUUUUGUGUGUAAUAACCAAAUUUUCAGUGUGAAAAUCUGCAGAGUGAUUCUCUUGACUUGGACAAUCUUCUGAAUUGUAUUAAAAAUAUGUUUGUUCUUAGCUCUUUAGAUUCACUUUGGGUAUGUCAAAAAAGUAACACUUGGGAAAAAAAAAAAAAGAAAAAAGAAAAAAAGAAAAAGCCCCUAAACUUUGGCUUAGUACAUUUCCGUUAUAAAACGAAGCAUGGGUUUUGUGGAAUUCUGUGCUGUUUUGGGCUUUUGUGUAAAAGGCUGAAGGCAGAUUGUUAUUUAAACCAGGUGCAAAUAAAUAUCCCUGUAAUGUAUAUGAACAAAUUUAAACCGUGUAUUGUAAGUAUAUAAACUGUAUAUUAAAGACACUAUUUUCAUGAUA